CCAAUCAGCGGCCGCCUCUUACGAGCGCCCCAUCGGCCAAAAUGGCGGCGGCCGUUGGCGCGGAGACCAGCUUGUAGUUUCAUUGCUUUACUCCUCCCGUUACAAAAUGUGAAAGGAGGAGCGGCUGGCGGAGGGGGGUUAUAGGCAAUGAGUCGGCGAAGGAAACAUGGGGACAGCCCUGGCCUGAAGAGCACGCCGCCCAAAGCGGCGGCGGCUGAGGAAUGCAGCUCGGUGGUCGAGCCAGGGAAGAGGCGGCUGAGGUCGGCCCGCGGCUCAGGGCUCCGCAGGGCCGGAGAGAGGUCUCCCCGGCCCGUGCCACAACAAGAGCAGCCUCCAGCAGCCGCUUCGUGCAGUAAAAGUAACCCCGAGGAAAGGUAUGAAACACCAAAGAGAGUGCUGAAAAUGGAUUUAUUGUCAUCUACCUUCAGUUCUCCUAAUGAUCCAGAUGGACAGAAUGAUAUCUUUUGGGAUCAAAAUUCUCCAAUGACAAAACAGUUAGGUAAAGGAAGAAGAAAACAGAUUUACACUACUGAUAGUGAUGAAAUCUCACAUAUUGUUAAUCGUAUUGCUCCUCAGGAUGAAAAACCAACAACAAACUCUAUGCUAGGCAUGUGGAUUGGUGCUUCUGCUAUUCCUUGUACUCCUAGUGUAGCAAAAGGCAAAUCAAGAGCAAAAAUCAGCUGCACAAAGUUGAAAACACAAAAUCAAGAGGAAGAACUUAUGAAAUUGGCUAAGCAAUUUGAUAAAAAUAUGGAAGAGCUAGAUGUGAUUCAAGAGCAAAAGAAGAGAAAUCAUGAUUUUAUCCAGACAAUUUCAGAAGCAGAGACUUUAAGUAAUUAUAAAGAUAAUGUACAGAUGCAGUUAUUACAUGAUAUAGUUCCAGAAAUAGAUAAUGCUAUAAUGAAGAACCCAAUGGAAGAAAACACCAAAAUGUCUGUGAUAAAUGAUCAAAAUAGCAGUCAGAAGCCAUUUGACCAAAAUGCUGAAGCAGCCUUUAAUGCCAUUUUUGAUGGCUCUACUCAGAAAUGUAGUGGACAGUUCAGCCAAGAUCUGUCAGAUGCUUUUUUGAACACAAGUAAUACUACCUUUGGAAAGAAAAGCGCUUUGAAAAAGGAGAAAAUCAUUACUAAUGAAACUCUGGUCACUGAAAAACUGCCAGAUAAAACCCCAGGAUCACUUUCUUGUCAAGUAGAUACUCUUGGAAUGACAAAUCCAUGUGUGACUUCUUACACUGAGAAGCCAGAAGCUUUUAAUAAACACCUUGAUGCAUUUCCUACCAGUGAUUUUGAGGAUGAUUGGGAAAACUUACUAAAUAAUGAACCUUUUGUUAUGCAAAAUGUCAAAAUGUAUGAACUUUCCCCAGCUCCUAAAACAGCCCAGAUUGCUGAUCAAAAGAGUAUUUGUAACUUUAACAAUAAGUGUGAUAAACAUAAGUCAAGAAUGAAUACAAGCCUAGGUGCCAGGUUAAGGGAUUCAAAAAUUGUACAAGAUCUCCCUUCAAAGACACAUAACAAGGAAUUAAUAGAUUCUGGAAAAUACAGUUUUUCACUAAAUCCAAAUGAUGAACCAAACAAAUUGCCAUCCAGUGGAUAUGUAAUGAAACUUGAGAAAUCUUUCAAUAAAAUUGUUCAAGACUGUUCAGUUGCAUCUAAUCUGACAAAAGUAAAAGAAGAUAUGCAUACUAAAUUUACUUCUAAUGUAAAUACUUUUGAAAAGUCUACUUUGAACACAGGAUAUUCUAAUGAACAAGAAAAUAAGUCCAUUUUUAAUCAGUCUUUUAAAGCACCUGCUAAUAUAAAUCCUUUUGGCUCUGCAACUUUGGGCAAUGAAACCAGUGUUUAUAAUACAAAUCAGACUAAUGCAUCAAAGUUAGGUUCUUUCUUUGAUGACUGGAAUGAUCCAUCAUUUGCCAAUGAAAUUGUUAAAGCAUGCCAUCAAUUAGAGAAUACCUGGGAAGCAGAUGAUGUAGAUGAUGAUUUAUUAUACCAAGCAUGUGAUGAUAUUGAAAGACUAACUCAGCAACAAGACAUUAGAAAGGGCAGCAAGAUACCAGAAAGUACACUUGAGAUCAAUAAUAGUUCCAAACAUGGAGCCAAAAACAUAUUUACUACAUCUAAACAAGAAAGUCAGUUGGUGCAAUCAAAACAUUUGAAUCUCAGCAGCAUUUCAGGGCACACAUCUUUCACAAAUAGCUCACAAUUAAAUAAACCAGUAAAGAUGGAUAAAAGGGAAAUCUGUGGAAAUUCUCCAAGUUUUUUAGGUGCUACAACAAAUUUGACAAUAUACUCCAAGAACUCAAAUUGUCAUAUCAAUAAUCUGCAUUUCUCCUGGAAUAACACUGAUGUUCCAAUACAAGUGAAAAGUCCACAGUCAGUUCUUACGGGAAGUUCAAGUUUGAAUGUGAGUUCAGAUUAUAGGAAUACAGAAACUGCUGCUUAUAAGAAGAAAUUAAGUACUCAGCAUCUGUCCCAUAGGAGCACAAGAGAUGCAGAUCAGAGUGGCCUUAACAGAACAGUUAGAUUUCCUAAGUAUACAUUUACAAAGAUGAAAAAUUCUCAAAUUCUUUCCCAGUUUAAUCAAAAUUGUCUACCAGGAAGUAUUUCUGAUACCAAAAUUACACAGGGUUUGGAGAAAAAUAAAACUCCUGUCCAUUCGUUUUGUGGGAUGGCUAUUCAACAACAGUGUUUGGUGAAACGUUCUGAAUCUUUGAAACAACCUUCAAAAGAGGAAGAAGAGAAAAAUAAAAAAUAUUCUCCUGAAGAAAUUCAAAGAAAAAGACAAGAAGCACUGGUUCGAAGAAUGGCCAAAGCACAGGCAUCAUCUGUAAAGGCAGCUCCCACUUAACUUGAUUUCUUUUAUGAAAUAUUAUUUGGAAGACUUAACAAAGACAGUUAAUAACUAUCUAUGAUAGGGAAUAUUCUUUCUUGAUUUCUCUGUGAGAAAUUUAAUGCUGAGUUAUAAAGCAUGGACUUCUAUUUUAUUUAAUAAAUCAGUGUUUGCAGUGGUUAAUGAAACCUUUCCUUGAAGAGGUAUGUGAAAGUAAUUGCAUAUACGUUUUAGAAAUUCAGGAAAGUUAGUAAUUAUGGUAUAAAAUUAUACAGAAUAAAGGAGUUAUUUUUUCAAAUAUUGUGGAUCAUCCAAAAAUAGGUAAUUUGCUAAUUUUUUUAUUGUAAUAACUUCCUAAUACAAAGCUUCAUCUUAGUAAGAAAUGAGACUUUAAAAAAAUUUUUUUAAUGUUUAUUUUUGAGAGACAGAGUGCGAGCAGGAGAGGGGCAGAGAGAGAGGGAGAUACAGUCUGAAGCAAGCUCCAGGCUCUGAGCUGUCAGCACAGAGCCUACUGUGGGGCUUGAACUCCCAAAUUGCAAGAUCAUUACCUGAGCCAAAGUCGAAUAUUUAAUCAACUGAGCCACCUAGGCUCUUGAGAAUUUUUUUUUUUUUAGUUUUACUUUCAGUAACUGUUUCUUAAAGGUUUUACAGAUUUCUGAAUCUUAAAAAUACUUCCAUUCUCUUAGAAACGUGGUUGGUGGGAAAUAAAGGAGGUUGGUGGGAAAUAAAGGACUUUGAUUUAUUUGUAAGGAAAUUGCUAUUUUCAAUUCCUAGUCUGAAAUAGAUUUUAAUUUUCUAAAACAUGAUGCAUUUUGGAAAGCUUUCACUAAUUUUAGGGAAAAUGCUGAUUUAAGAAGUUUAGAAAAAAAGAAAGUAGACUGGCUAAGUUAUAUAGCAAUAUUAACAUUUAGAAUUGCCAGAAACUUUAGAUGUCAUCUGGUCUAGCUUCUUUAUUGUAUGGGUGAGAAAUGGAUACUGUUCUGAAACUCACAAGGCAAGUUAAAGCUGUUCUGUGAUUAGAAUGAUUGCUGUCAUUCUAAUGAACACCUAGACAAUUAUGCCAAUUGCUACAGAGAAUCAGUAUUUAAAAUAACUUGUUUGUAGGAGCAUUAAUUAUUUCAUAGUAUAAAACUAAAAAAAUAGUAACAAAAAGUACAUUAAGGUUUGUUUAAUAAUCUCAUUGUUUCUUGUAUUAAAGAAUUUUAUCAUUCCAUGAUAUAAAAAUGAGAAUCUUUCUCUUUUCAGUUUUCCUACAACUAUUAAAUUUUCCUUUGAUUAAAUUUUCUGACUUUUACCAA